GAAACCGGCAAGCGGGAAGCUGGCCCGCGUCCCUCAGAGGACGGAGCGGUCCGCUCGCCGCUGUCGCCAAGGCCUGAGGGGAUGGGAGGGGGAAAGCGGGAGCUCGGGCUGUGGGAAGCGGUUAACUGGAAUUUUGGGGUUUUACCGCAGGAAUUGCCCGCAACCCACCCGCAAAUUAAACGAACGUUAAAAUCAGGCAGCCUUUAGUAAUGGAUCGUCAGCGGAAAUGUCCAUCUCACCCUCCAGGACCGCAGCCACUGCCGGUUAGGACCGCGGGGUCUUCCCGCUGCGAGGAGCAGUGACCCCGGGCUGCUCCGCCGGGAAGCAGGGCUGUGGUAAAUGGCUGGCUUGGAGUUUGCUGUGCGGUUGGAAUUAGGGUGUUUGUUCCCCAGAAGCAGACCCCUCCUGACCCCCUAGAAUUUGGAUUCCAAGCCCAGAGCUCUCUUGAAGUAAAUUUCUGUGACUUUAUGCCUUAAAACUUUUGGUAAUUUGUUGCAACAGCCCUAGGAAACAUUCAAAUACGUUCUGACUGGAAAGUUAGAAGAUGGCAACCGAAGAUGCAGGAAGCCAGCAAAUCCGAUGUUAAAUAUCUUAAUCCAAUCAAGGCAUAGCGGAUCCAUCAAAAGGCAGUACAGAAAGAAGCCCGAAUGAAGCACAAUGACAAUACAAAAUAAAAAUUUCAAUUUAAUGAUAACAAUGUGAAAGAAACAAAUGUUCCAGUAGCAAACAUUAUCACCCUGAGUAGGAAAAACGUUGACAAACCUAAACGUGUGCUUAUGAGACACACAUACUAGAGCAACAAUCCAAAUCCCCUUCCCCCCAAAAAGGCGACAUUUAACAGGAAAAAGUGUGAACGGUCAAGAAACAUGCAGAAGAUUCUAGUUGGGAACAGGAACUUAGACUGCUGGAGUGGAAAUGGAAGAGGGAUAAAAAUCAGGAGAUAAGCAGACAUAAAGAUCCUUUCCAACCCUUCUGUCAGGCCACAGCAACAAAAACCAUGUGCAGUGUUAAGAUCACAGAGGCUAAUGGGAGUUUAAAUGAGGAUAUACCUUGUGGAGAUAGGAUGAAGUUAACCAGUGAAAAGUUACCCAAGAAUUCCUAUUAUGCCUCUUUAUCUCAUUAUGCUGCUAAGAACCAAAAAUUCUUCCAGUGGAAGAAGAAGACUGAUUGUUACAGCCAUGCUAAUUUGGUGGAUAAGGCACUGCAGAUCUUGAAGGAAAGGAUAAGAAAAGGGGAUGCUCUUGCCUAUUUUCUACGAGGUCAACUCUAUUUUGAAGAGGGAUGGUAUGAAGAAGCCUUGGAACAGUUUGAAGAAAUCCAGGAGAAAGAUCACCAAGCAACUUACCAGCUAGGAGUGAUGUAUUAUGAUGGACUGGGCACCACAGCCAAUGCUGAAAAAGGUGUGGCGUACAUGAGGAGAGUUCUUGACUCGCCAUGUCCCAGAGCAAGACACUUAAGAUUUGCAGCUGCUUACAACCUUGGAAGAGCUUAUUAUGAAGGACAAGGGGUCAAACGAUCAGAAGAGGAAGCUGAAAGACUGUGGCUGUUGGCGGCAGACAAUGGAAAUCCCAAAGCUAGUGUGAAGGCACAGAGUAUCCUAGGAUUGUAUUAUUCCACCAAAGAACCAAAGGAGUUAGAAAAGGCAUUUUAUUGGCAUUCAGAAGCAUGUGGCAAUGGGAGUCUGGAGUCCCAGGGUGCACUCGGUCUCAUGUACUUUUAUGGCCAGGGCAUCCGCCAGGAUACUGACGCAGCGUUGUACUGCUUAAGAGAAGCAGCAGAGCGCGGCAAUGUCUACGCUCAAGGGAAUCUUGUGGAAUAUUACUAUAAGAUGAAGUUUUUUACAAAGUGUGUUGCGUUUUCCAAAAGGAUUGCUGACUACGACGAGGUUCAUGAUGUCCCCAUGAUAGCCCAGGUCACGGACUGUCUCCCAGAGUUCAUCAGCAAAGGCAUGGCCAUGGCGUCUUUCUACCAUGCACGGUGUCUGCAGCUGGGCUUGGGGAUCACAAAGGAUGAAGAAGCUGCUAAACACUAUUACACCAAAGCAUGCCGUCUGAAUCCUGCACUGGCAGAUGAACUCUACUCCCUACUCAUUCAGCAAAGAAUUUAAGCCACAGAGCACUCAAAGACUCAUCAAUCUGAACACCAUGUAAUACCUGCAUUUUUGUGGCAGCUGUAUUUGGUUAUUUGCUGCAUCUCAAGCUAUGUUAUCUUGGGUAUUUUACAGAGGUUACCUUUGUUCUUAAAUUUGCAAGCUACACUUUUUGUAAAUUGAAACCUGGCCGAAGGGUCAAACUGCUAGAGUAUUCAGAGACCUAGCUCUUAACCCCAAGAGCAGCCUGGACCAUACCUAAUCCUGAAAGCACGUCAAAAGGCAAAUGUCUCUCCUGUCUUUAAUAUGCAGUGUCUUGAAAACACUAUUGUUUUAGUUGAAUAUAUCCAGAAGUUUAAAUGAUCACAUUUAUUUUCAAUAUCAUUUGAAAGUACACAUUUACAUUUCUUUGGUACUUAGUUUUGUGAAUCUGGAAUAACAUUUAAAUUUUUUUUAUUUAAAAAGAGUUCAAUUUCAUAAAGCUAAAGAGCCAUAAUUUUAAAGACUUAUCAUUUGUGAUAAGUACAUAGCAUUUGUGUUUUUAAAGUUAUAAAAGCUACGAGUCUAAAGAGUUUAAAGUUUAUGAGAAACCUAUAAAGUCAGUUAAGAAUCAGUUUAUAAUCUUGCCCCUGAGAUUUUCCUUCAAAGAUUUUAAUUUAGUGAGCAAAACAAUUACUAUUCCUGAUGAAUAUUCAUAAGGUAAUGAAUUAAAGUUAAGAUGUUUCUUUGUG